AUGCCUGCUCCAGCUGGUGCAGCCACUAUCGAUUGGAACAAAUACCACGCACAGAUGCGAACCGCUCUCUCUGUUCUAUUCGAAGACUACUCCGAUCUCAAGGGCGUCGACAAGGUCAAGAUCUUCAACAAGGUACCACAAAGUGUGCGCAAAGCACCGCGAUGGGCGCAAGGACGUACUAUGGUGGUGGAUUUAAAGAAGAAGAUUAAGGAUGCAGCAACCAGUCUCGGCAUCGGCGGACUGGCCACUCUACCGGUUUACAGCGCUGCGGAUGGAGUUGCAAGCGUUACUAGGCGCGGUAUUCGGGUCCCAGUAAAGCCACAGGGCGCCGGCAGUGGCAGCGAGGGGGACUCUGAGGGAGAUGGCGGCGAGGAGACUUAUCGGGGCUUGGGAAGCGGUCCUCCUAAGCCGUUGGGCUCAGAGAAAUAA